AUGCUCUCGGUCGGUUGGCCUUCAUGUGACCGGCCUUUGCUCUGCUCUGCUUCGGUGGUGGCGGUGGCGCUGGGGGUCCCGCAGGAGAACGUGUACCCGAAGGGCCCGUCGGUCCAGUUCUACAAGCUCUUCUUAGAGGACACCAUCAAGGAGAAGCUCGAGAGGUUCGGGGCCAUCGCGGUCAUCGAAUGGGACGUACUGGUUGCGCACGACAAGAGCUUCGAGAAACUCUACGUAGCUGCCUUCGACGUUGUCGAGCCCUUCUGGGUGAAGGGCAGCAUCCUCGCCGGGACCAACUUCCACGGGACGGUCACGAUCACGGACAACUGGCACAUGCUCGGACACAUCAACGGCAACGCUAUCUACAACAACUCCGACCCGGCGUUCGCCGAUUUCGUGGAGUUUACCCUCGCCAGGUGGGGGUACAGCUACAGCUACGAUGUCGCGCUGUGGGCGACCGUCUCGGAUUUCCCGUACAGCUGGCCGCUGUGGCAGCGGUUCUCGAGCAAGUUCGUCUCGACCAACUUGAUCGCAAACGUCGGCUUUCUCGACGUCGACCAAGAAACCGUGGGGAAUGCGCUGGCGAGCGAGACGAUGUUCAUCCAUGGCAGUCUCACCGGCGGCGGCGGCACCCAGUUCGCCUCAGGUGCCACGGCCGAGAAGGGGGGUAACGCGGCGGCGGCAUCGGAGGGCGGGAACUCGCUCAGGAUAAUGGCGUCCUUGGAGGCCAACGCCGCGGGGGAGGACGUCGGCGGCGGUGGCCCUUCCACCAGGCUGGCCACGCCGGAGUGUCGGACGGAGUGCGGCAGCACCGUGAGCUGGGACCUUCUCGGCGGCGGCGGCGGCGGCGGCGGGGAUGGCGUCAUGGACAUGGCCACUGUCUGCGACCACGCCACGUGCUCGGCUGCUACGGCGGGGAGCGCGGACGGGAAGCCAGGCGCGUGGUCUUGCGGCGCCGGCGACGAGGAGAGGUUCGGCAAGCACUGCCGCCCGUGCUACUUCGAUGCCGAGGAGGCGCUCAAGGCCGACCGGGUCCUGCAGAACCAGACGCGUGAGGCCAGCGAGGAGCAGCCCCACCACGUCAUCAUGUGCGACACUCUUCGCCCCCCGGAGGCCUCGACCUGCAGCCUCAAGUGCGCAACGAAGAAGGACACAAUUUGCGACGACAGAUGCAAGUCUGGGCUCUUCGGCAACUACAACUGCAACUGGAGAGAUCACGGAGAGCAUUGUCGGUUCUGCUUCGACGACACGGCGGCCGCCAUCGUGGCGGACAAGGCAGCCAAGCGCACGGGGGGCAGGGUCAUCAUGUGCAACACGCACGAGCCCCCGGUGGAGCUGACUCAGGCCGAGUUGGAUGCCUUGGAGAAGGAGCGAAUCGAGCACGUCAUGGAGGCGGCGGCGUCAAAGAUGGCGAACGCUGCUAAGCAGGAGAAAAAAACGUCGAACACGAAAGGGCAUGCCAACCCCGGCGGAAAGACCGCCGGUGAUGAGGGGGAACCUGACGCCCCGGUGCACCCUGCGAUGAUAGAAUACUCGAAAGACCUGCUUCGCGGGGAGAUGUGCGCGUUCGCCACGGCGUACUACUUGUACCUGCGGGAGACCGAGGCCAGCGUGAGAAGCCUGGCGCAUUUCCUGCCCGGCAUGAGGGUGCGGCUUGCGGUGGACACUAUCCACUUCUCCGUGUUCAAUCGGACCCUGGGCGGUUACCCCGACGUGGAAGUCGUCAACGCGACCACGACGGGGGGUCACGCCUCCCUCCUCGCCGACGUUCACUGCGGCGAGGGCACCAAGCUCAUCCUCUACCUCGGCCCGGGGGACGUCGUGUCCCGCCCUUUCUCGAAGAAGGACACCCACGGCACCCGUGGGGAGUUGCUCGUGCCAUAUACGGAGCCCGAGAGACUGGACGAGUACCACAUCAAGCGGACCCAGGCCACGACCUCCUUGCUCGGCUUCGACGCGCCCUCCUUUUCGUUUGGAACGGAUCUCUUCUUGCCCGCGUGGGUUAACCGCGAGUUACGUCGCGUUCUGGCGAGCGGGACAGCGCUCCCGUCCAAGGCAUGGAAGCCCGAUGACAGAGACUUCCAGCGGAUAGCCAUGUCUAUUAUGAUGGAAACCGAGGACGCCUUCGUGCCGGAGCUGCUGGCGGCGCUGGCGUACUCGCGGAACCCUCCGGAGAUCUGGUUCCUCAACCCGACGCAGUGGGUGACGCACCACAUGUUUAAGCACGCCUCCGUGUGGGACGUCCCCCUCGUCAAGCCCCGCUUCUUGUGCGCGGCAAACCUGGCGCUGGCGAAGCAAGGCUACGACGUCGCGCGCGAGCUCAACAGGUUCGCCGACUUCAGCGACGGGGGCCGUGGCAAGAAGUGCGAGAUGGGCUACCUGGCCCUGGACACCUCCAAGCUCCAAGCCAAGCCCAACGUCGAGUACGGCUCCGUGGCGAAAAACCACCGCCCCAUGCCCUUGGUGGAGGACCAGCGGGUGAGCCUGUUCUACGACGCAACCGUGGCCCCCGCCGCCAUCGCCGCCGACGCCGCCGACGCCGCCGACAAGAACGGCGUCGGCGGCGUCAGGAACGACACCCACGCCGAAGGCGCCCGGAUGCUCAACGCCACGCUCCCGACGGUGCUGAAGAACUUCCCGGGCGCUCUGGAGGCGGUGAUCGUCGUCCCGAACACGGACGCGUGGAGGGAGUACCAGCUGGUCGUGGGGGUGCACAAUAACAACGGCACCCCGUUCGACAUCAAGGUCGUUAACGUCGGCGGGGAUGAUGCUAGCUCGGACUGGGUGUCUAAAGACGGGACGGGGAGCGGGCUCGGCGAGGAGGCGUCGCCUCGGAAGGCGAUUGGACGGCGUCGGGGCAGCGAGGCGGAGGAACAGCCGUUCCCCCUCCUGUGGACCGACACGUACUGCUCCGGGAAGUUCGUCCUGCACCUGGACCUGAACUCCGUGCUGCUCGAGAGAAUAACGUACGACCACAUGUUCCAUUUCGAGAAGCCUGUCAUCCCCCUCAAUAGGUUCCAAGACGUAGGUGAGUGGGGAAGAAGUGACCGAGGAACGCAAAGUGGCUGGACGGGACGCGUGGGUUGGCGGGGCAGAGGAGGACUGAUUGGACCAGAAGGUUUUGGGGUUGUUUUUCGUCGGCAAAAACAGUAG